AUACAGCUCUGUUUUGGUCUUUAGGAGUUUUUAUGCAGAUAUUUCCUAGGGUUUCGAUAGAAUUGCUUGUGCUGUGAGUGCUAUGCCGCCGGCGGUCCUCCGCCGCUACUCCACCGGAAGCGAUGGCGUGGUCAGGCAAGUCCUAGCGGUGAUAAUCGAAAACAAAUCAUUCAGCGCCAGCACUGUUGCUUCCAAUCAAAUCAUCUGGACUUCGGAAACUGUCGUUCAAAUCCUAAGAUCAAUACCUCUGUACCUCUUCCAAUCCCCGAGAUCAAUCGGCCGGCAGAAAUCCUUCCGCCAUCGCUCCCCGCUGAAGCAAAGGAAUCUCAAAGAAGAAGCAAUCAAGUAUCAAAAAGGUUCUCUGAUUCUCGGCCCUGCAGCUCACCGGGACCCCAAAUCCCUAAAUCUAGGGCUCGAAAAAGCCCUAGAAUUCUACUAUUGGGUUGCCAUCCAAUUCGGAUUCGAUCACGAUGAACAGACCUGCAAAGAGAUGGCCCUUGUUUUGGCCAAGGGAAAUCGAAUGAAUCUCCUAUGGGAUUUUCUGAAGAACAUGUCGAAAAGGAAUGAGAAACGCAACCUUAUCACCACAGCCACCAUGACCUCGUUGAUUCGAGCUUUGGGCGACGAAGGUUUGGUGAACGAAGCUUUGUCUGCAUUUUACAGGAUGAAGCAGUUCGGCUGCAAGCCCGACGUCUGUUCUUACAACAAUGUAAUCUACGCCCUUUGCCGAGUCGGACUUUUCAAGAAAGCCAAGUUCUUGUUCGAGCAGAUGCAGCUGCCGGGGUUCAGAUGCCCUCCCGACGUCUUCACCUACACCAUUCUGAUCAGUUCCCAUUGUCGCCACGCCAUGGAGACUGCCUCCCGGAAGGCCAUCCGGCACCGCCUGUGGGAGGCCAACCACACCUUCCGGCUAAUGCUUUUCAACGGAUUCGCCCCGGAUGUCGUCACUUACAACGCUUUGAUCAAUUGCUGCUGCAAGACUAACCGGAUCGAGCGAGCUUUGGAGCUGUUCAAUGAUAUGACGAAAAGAGGGGAAUCGUGCGCCCCGAAUAGGAUUACCUACAAUUCGUUCAUCAGGUAUUACAGCGCCGUGAAUGAGGUCGACCGCGCGAUUGAGAUGCUGCGGAGGAUGCAAGAAAGGCGUCACGGCGAUGCCGCCACGAGUUCUUUCACGCCGAUCAUUCACUCCCUGUGCGAGACGGGGAGGGUUGAGGAGGCCAUGGAUUUUCUGGCGGAGUUAGUCUCGGGAGGUUCGAUUCCGAGAGAGUAUACGUACAGGUUGGUUUGUAAUGGGUUGGAAUCUGCAGGGAAAAUAAAUUUGUUGGAAAGAGAUGUACGGAUGCGCAUCGAGGAUGGGAUCACCCAUCGUAUUAGAUGCGUGAUGAAAAUGAAGCCUACUGUGAGACGGGAAGGCGUUGUGUCGGGAACACACUCUGGAGAGAAGUUAGAGCGUCGAUGUUGAUAAAUAUAUAUAACAGUCAGUAGGGAUUAUAUGCAUGCUCAACUAAAAUGCCAAUCACUCAAUAUCAUAGUAUUUCAUUUAAUAUUGUGAUUACCUGAAUAAAUUAGUAAACUUUGUGUUAUAAAAGUUUAAUAAAUCAUAAUCGAUAAAAUGGAAUUCAGAUGAUCUUAUUCAAAUAUU